AUGAUAUUAAUACAUAACACCCCAUUCCUUCUCCACAGCUGGAUGAUCCGAGUGAGAUACACCGAUGAAACCGUCGACGCCUCUGGCUACGACCUACCUGGUACACAACACAUCACGUACACCUUCAGCGGCCCAGCCAUAGUCAGCCCAGACCAACUGUACACACUCACCACAGACGAGCACGAGCGUAGCACACACGAUGAGGUGUGGGAGAUACAGGACGACAGCUUGGAUGUGUGGGCGUACAGAACGGUGUAUCUGGAACUGUUGGAUGCGGACAAGUUGUUGGUGAGCACGGCGGUGGUGCGUCAGUGUGCCAGACGAGAGUAG